UUCCAAUCACGUAGGAAUAGUGUAGAUCAGUGAAUGUAUUACCAGUUGCCAAAUAUCUGAAAACAAAAACAAUAUAUUAAUAAUAUUAUGAUUAUAUAAUAUAUUAAUAAUGCUGACAUCAGACAUAAGACGGCAUGCACCGCUCGAAUUUUACUUCAGAAGAAAAAUAAAUACCCUUAAGGUGAAAGGGCACGGAAGUAGCUAGCGCUAGAAGUUUUUAAUUCGUUUUAACUACAGUACUGUAGCUACGUUAGAUUUCUAUCAUUUGCCGAAAAUUUUAUCAUAGGGGGGUAUUUAUGCAGUUAUGAUUUCAUAUGAAAUGUUCGAAGUAUAGUUAUGUAUCUCAUAUCUGCUAAAAGUGGCCACUUUUAGCAGAUUUGAGAUACAUAACUGUGCUGUUAAUAUUUUAUAAGAAAUCUCCUCUGUAUAAAUUAACCCCUAUGGUAAAAUUUCCGACAAAUGAAAGGAAUCUAAUGAAGCUAAUUUUUGUUAAAACAAAUUAAAAACUUACAGCGCUAGUGACUUCCGGAAGUUUUCACCUUAAUAUUGAUGAUGGCAAAUUUUAUUGGUACUGGUUUUGGGUAACUUGAUCUGAAACUGUGUGUACUUUUGCCAACUACUUAUUAUAUUUUGUCAUUUCAGACAAGAAAAUACAACAACGCUGGCGAACAGCAAGGGACACUUACCAGAAAGACAAGAUAUCUGAAAAAAAUCAGCCAUCCGGCUCUGGGAGUAAGAAGAAGAAGAAAUAUUCUUACUAUGACAUUUUGACUUUCUUAGACAGUACAACGGAAACUGCCGGAGAAGAGUCACUCUGUGAAGAAAUGUCUGAACAAAGUAAUUUAGAAACACCUAAUGAGUCCACGCAACUAGGUACUUCACGUCAAGAAAGUUCUCAACUAACAUCACAACGUAAUUUAGAAACACGUAAUGAGUCCACGCAACCAGGUACUUCACGUCAAGAAAGUUCUCACCCAACAUUAAAACAAAAACAAGUAAAAUCUAAAAAGCAAGCACCAUCCGAAUUUGAGGCACAGUUAUUAGAAUGCUUAAAGUCUAAGCAACUGGAGCUGGAAAGUGAGGAUUUGGCUUUCUUUCAGUCUCUGCAGCCUUCAUUAAAAAGAUUCACUAGAUAUCAAAAACUAAUGUUCAGAACAAAAGUGUUAAAUAUAGUUAUGGAAAUGGAAAGUCAAACACAACCUGCAUACUACAGCCCCAUACCUACAACAAGUUCUAGUGCUUUUACUGAGCUUGACAGUUUGUCACCGAUAAAUCAAGAUUACCAAACCAAUAGUAUAAUCCAGGAUACUUCCAGUCUUAACGACAAUGCUAUUAGUUCUGCUGCAGUGAAUGAUAAUGAAACUCUUAUUUCGACUGAAAGUCGCCUGUUUAAUAUCACGUCUUAUGACAUAAUUUAUAACCCAGCAACAACAUCAUCUACUGGCGAAAGUAAUGUCAACGCUCAGGAUACAAAUUUACAAAGAAAUGAAUGAUGUAAAAUUUGAUUUUUAAUUUAUGAAUAAAACUCUUUUUAUUAAAAUGAG